CAGAAGUUGUAGUUUUUGUAAGGAGGCUUCUCUUCUCCCUCCUCUUUCCUUCCGAGCAGUUUCAAAAACCUCAUAAAACCCUUCGCUGCUCUAAUUUCAGAGUGAGACAGAAUCUUCGAUUUCGUUUAUAGAGAGAAAACUACAGCAACCCACUUCAGGAAAUGGCCACUCAGUUCCCCGAUGAUUUCAAGUGCCCGAUUUCUCUCGAGAUAAUGUCCGACCCGGUCAUCCUCUCCUCGGGUCACACCUUUGAUCGUUCUUCUAUUCAACGGUGGCUUGACUCCGGCCACCGUACUUGUCCAAUAUCUAAGCUACCCCUUCCAGACCACCCUCCUCUCAUCCCCAACCAUGCUCUUAGAAGUCUAAUUUCCAAUUAUACCCUCAUCUCCCUUCCUAAAUCACAGCCUAACCCUUCACCGCAACUGCAGCCUCAAACCCUAAUCUCCAGUCUCGUCUCUCCGUCUUCUGAUUUCAACUCCAAGCUCGACUCCCUCUCUCAGCUCACCAGACUCACCAAGCUCGAUCAUGCCCUUCGCCGCCAGCUAACCGACUCUGGAGCCGUGUCAGCUGUUCUCAAUUGUGUCAACUCGCCGGAGUCUGUUCUCCAGGAGAAAGCCCUAUCUCUAUUACUUAAUCUCUCUCUAGACGACGAUAACAAGGUGGGUUUAGUUGCAGAAGGCGCAAUUGGUCGGGUUGUCACAGUUCUACGGGUUGGGUCACCGGACAGCCGUGCCCUGGCUUGCACUAUCUUGACCAGUCUGGCAGUCGUAGAAGUGAACAAAGCGACUAUCGGGGCGUACCCAAAUGCAAUUCAAGCGUUAGUCGCACUACUAAAUUAUGGGAAAGGUAGAGAGGUAAAAGAAGCAGCAACAGCGUUGUAUGCUAUAUGUUCAUUUCCGGAUAACAGAAGGCGAGCCGUGAAAUGUGGGGCUGUCCCCAUUUUGAUAAGGAUAGGCGGGAUGGGUCUGGAGAGAGCAGUGGAAGUCUUGAGUGUUCUGGUGAAAUGUAAGGAAGGGAGAGAGGAGAUAGGGAGGAUUGGUGGGUGUUUAAGGAUUUUGGUUAAGGUGAUUAAGAAUGGGAGCGAGAGAGGGAUUCAGUGUGGGCUUUUCACUUUGAAUUCUUUGUGUUGUUACAGUGAGGAAAUGUGUGAGGGGGCCAAGAGGGAAGGGGUUUUGGAGAUUUGUUUAGCGUUGGUGGAGGAUGACAAUGAGAAGGUAAGGAGAAAUGCUUCGAGCUUGGUGCGAACGCUAAGUGGAUGUCGCUUGGUGGCGUGAUGGGGGGUCGCUGUCGGUCAUGGACGGAGGUGAGUUGAGGAUUUCUGGGUUUUGUUUUUUGGGGUAUGGAUUCUCUACUUUGCUGGAUAGUUCUGUGUACAAAUGAAAGAAAAAGGAUUAGAGUUUGAUGGAGGAAAUAUUCCUUCUUUUUGUCAAAAAAAAAAAAAAUUGUACAUUUCAAUAAUCAAUCUCUGAAUUCAGAAUGUUGUAGUCUAAAGAUUUUAAUUUUUUUUCUUCAAACUGUAAUAUGUCAAAUUUUAGAAAGUUUUGUCUCUAAACCGUAUUAGAUUAUUUUGUUUUUCAUUAAAGUCCUUUGAGGAUUUUCAAUUGGGAGGUUGGAGAAAUAGCAUCUGAACCAUAAUAUUUAUACAAUAUUACAGCUGAACUGUGAUGAAAUUAGGAAUUAGCAGAAUGGAAACCUGUUUAUAGGUAUUAAGUUUGAAUCCCCUUGAGCUUGCAUGAGAAUGAGAGUGUUUUACGUCCAUUGAAUGUGCGUCAUAUCUGUUUUUGGUCAACUAGUUACCUCUUCAUGUUGCUGCUCUCAUUCCUUCCUGUUGACAAGUAUCAUUGCUUGCUUUUCGUUCCUGAGUAAAUGUGGAGGGAUUCAUGGAGUUCUCGGCUAAGAGCACAAGAUUAUUGGAUCAGGAUGGACUCUCCUUUUAUGUUAACUUUACACGAUGUUCCUGAAGACUGCUUUGGAUGGUCAGAAUUUUCUUGAUACUAUAUUUUUAAUAUCCAUUGUAAAUAUGUAUCUAUUUAUAGAGCUGAACAAGUUGUGUUAGAGUUUUCAAUAUGAUCUCUUGAGAUGAGUUGAUUCCACUAAUGGUUAGCAUGUAAAGGAAGCUCUUGUUCUGUUUAAAUAUAUGAUGAAUAAUAAAUUUUUUAAGGUUUCAA